AAAAUGUCCGCCUGGAUCUCAAUAUGCUGCGAACAAGAUUUGAAAAAGUUCCCGAGGGGUGUCGUGACUGUGAUGCUUAUCUAAAGGCUUACCUGCUGUAUUUGUUAGGCACUGUCAUAAUGCCUAACAAUACCGAAGGGGUUUCUCCUAUCUAUUUACCACUCCUGGGUAGAAACACAGUUAACAAGUACGCUUGGGGCGCCGCGAUGGUGGGAUUUCUAAAAGAUUCAUUGAAUGACACCAAGGCUCUUCUUGAUCAGAGGAAAACCGGAAGCAUAUCUGGGUUUGUUUAUGCUAUCAUGGUGUUUGCUUUAGAAAGGUUUGCAUGCGUCUGUGAGGAACUCUCUCUAACUCCUCCAGCCAAAAAAAUUCCUCUUAUGUUAGCCUGGAUGGAUGUUUUGUCCAAAGCCCCAGUGAAGGGAACCAGGAUAGAAACAUUCCGAGAUUUGCUUCAGAAUAUGAAGAGAGAUGAGUUCAAAGAUCAGUUGUCGAUGAUCUAUCUGCGGGUUCCAUGUAUUUGUUUCAAUGCGGUUGCCUACAACCGUCCGGACAAAUGCUUUAGGCAACUCAGACUGAAAAAAUCAGAGUUGCAACGUCUAUCGAGAAGCAGGAGUAAACAUACGAAAGUUAAGUUUAGCCAACAAAAAGGACAAGAUUGGCGAGCUGUGCGUCCGUUUUACAGAAAAGUGAAUGAAGAGUGGGAUAACCGCCAUAACUAUUCUGUGAGGAAAUCUGAAGCUCCACAGCAGGGAAGACAACCUCCAUCUCAUGCAAGCCCAAGUCAUCAUAUCAAUGACAGUAAUGAGCCUCAUGUUGAGCCGAACCUAUAUGUGGAGCAGCCACAGCCACAGCCUGAUGAUGUUGAGCAGCCACCCCAAAAUUUCCCUUCUCAUGAAUCUCGUCAAGAAGACGAGGAGGACGAAGAGGACGAAGAGGAUGUUGAGCCACAACCUGAUGAUGUUGAGUCACAGUCUCGUCAAGAGCGACAGUCUCGUGAAGACGAGGAGGACGAAGAGGAGGAGGACGAAGAGGACGAAGAGGAUGUUGAGGACGAAGAGGACGAAGAGGAUGUUGAGGACGAAGAGGACAAAGAGGAUGUUGAGGACGAAGAGGACAAAGAGGAUGUUGAGGACGAAGAGGACAAAGAGGAUGUUGAGGACGAAGAGGCGUUAGUAGAGAAGCCAGCAGAUAAUAGGCAGUACUCUUCAGCUCGUGGGAUGCAAGGUGCAUCAUGCCUUCAAGGUUGUGAAUUUAGUAGACUUGAAUGUAUCUCUCAGCACUGUGGUUUGGAUCAAAGAUGUGAUGGAUUUAGAAUGGAUCAAGCAUAGGCUUCUACUGUCUUUUGCUUCAAUGUGUAUUCUUGCCUGAGUUUGUUUUCUCCAAUCUCUAUUUUGAAAAUUUUGUAUACUAUUGAGCUUUGCUGCUUUGAGAUAAGAAUUAUUGCAUCUCUUUUUCCGCUUGUUGAAUUGUCAAUCUCUAUCAUAAUCGCAAGGACAAGACUUUCCUUUUCAUAGUAAAUCUUUUACCGUGUU